UAAGUUAUGGAUUUUGGAAUCUAUCUCAAAUUACUUAUUGUGGUGAUUAUAAAAAUGAUGGUAAAAAGGUGGGUAGAUGGGAUACUUAUUAGAAAUAUGGUGAAAGCAAAAAAAAGAUGUAUAAAUUUAUAAAUUAAAUAUUAUAUAUACAAAACUUAAGUGGAGGUGGAUUAUAUAAUGAUUCGGUUGAAGGAAUUUCAUUUAAAAAUGGUGAUUGGGUUGAAUUAAGCUAUAGUAUUUAGAGUAAGGACUUAGUUCUUUACAAUGGGAAUUAUAAUUAUGGAAGAAAGAUUGGUAAAUGGGAUAUUUAUUGGAAUUAAGUUCAUUAGAGUUCAAAGAUGUAAUACAUUAUUAAUAAAUUUAAAUAACUUAAUUUAUAGUGGAGGUGGAUAAUUUGGAGUUCAGCUGAGCAAUAAUAGUUCAAUCAAGAUUGGGUAAUGGAUUGAAUUGAGGGAUGGUUAUUGUUAAGAUUCAAAAAUCUAUAAUUGUGGUGAGUAUAAAAAAGGUAUAAAAAUUGGUAUAUGGGACAUUUAAUUUUAAGAAAAAAUAAUGUAAUAUCAAUUAUUAAUAACUAUAUAUAGUGGAGGUGGAUCAUAUGAUGUUGGUUCUAAGACUGGGAAAUGGAUUGAGUUAUGUGACGGAUUUUACAAGAGUGGCUAUGGUUCAAAAGAAAUAACUUUCAAUGGAGAAUAUUCUAAUGGUAAAAAAAUUGGCAAAUGGACUGAAAUUAAUUUGAAAAAUUUACAUUUGAGAACUAUUUAUUAUGAUUGA